UGGAAUGAAAAAAACAUCAUUUUUGUAAUGCCCCAUGCCUUCUCUUUCAGCACAAAGCUGUACAUUUAUUUUUUUAGUCUUGUCACACGCAAGCCUAAUUUGGUUUUAAAAAUUGUUUUCAUAAUUUUUAAAUUUCCCAGUUCUGGGUUUUAUGCGCACAUUUUAUAUAGCGUACAAAUUCUGCAAAACUUCAUAACAUAAGCAAUAAUUAAAUUGUAUAUCAAUAAAAUGCGUUCGUGUAACUUUGUCCUUGAUGUUAUUGUGACAAAAUUAAAGUUAUCAGACCUGAAUGUUGAAGAUCCACAAAAACUUCAAGUUCAGGCCAAAUUGAAUAUGAUGAAAAUAUGUUUAUCAGCAAGCCGCAUCAAUGUAACCGAUUUCAAAACUGGCUCCGGCACUGAUUUUGAGAUAACACCAGAAGCCCUGCGCGACAAUCUUGAAAAAUUGGGAAUGUCCAUCUCAGUUAGCUAUAACGGAUUCGUUGUCGGCACAGGUCAGAUAAGUUUUCCCAACUACAUCACUGAAAGGAUUGCAGUAGGUAUGCCUGAUUUGAUACAUUCAGACAGCUGCAAAAUCAAACGGGAUACUGAAGUUGUAGGCACAAUUGAGGUGCUCUGCCGUCUUAUAAUUAAAUGCGAAUAUGAACAGAUGCCGUUGGAGAACAAUGUAGACAAAAAUAUCAACCAGCAGGAUAUCAUGUUUAUUUUAAGCGAGUCCCAGCCAUGCGCCAUCCCUUGCGAGCCUUGCCAAGAUACAUUGGAAGACGAAGUAGGAGAUGAGCGCCUGAAGUUGGAUUUGCUACGAUAUCGCAGCUCGAAUGCUAGCGGCCUUCGGGACUCAAAAUCUCUCAUACAGAAUAACAAUGGCAACGCUGUUCUUACACCACUUAAGAAAUUGGUGCAAGACUGUAAAGAGAUUAUUGACUCUAUCAUUCCGUUGCCACCAUGCCAUAAACCCGAGAAGCGGCGAACUUCCUCGAGUGAAUUCUGUAAUGCUCCACAGCCGGAAAAUCCACCAUGCUUUUCGUACUUGCCAACAGACCAACAUGAUAAUUUCCGUAGUCCAAGGUUUCUUAUCCAGCCUGUCGGUGAUGGAAAGAACCCACAUAUCAAGCCCAUACGCUUCUGUCCCGUUUGCCUCAACAAUAUGUCAUGGCUACCAAUGUUUGCCUCUUGCCCAAAGUGCGGAGUCAAGGCCAUACCGGUCGUCAAUGACCCUCCCAGUGAGAAGGAACUGACUGCAGAACAAAUACUGAUCGACUAUCUGGGUAAGCCCCAAAAUAAGAAUGAAGAUCCAUGUGCGGAUCCCGAUGCCGAAGCAUUCAAGGAAAAGUCACCUCAGGAGGUACAGACCAGAUGUCGGUGCUCGUGCGAGAAAAAACUGUGUGCUCAUUGCCGAAUACGUAAACUGUGCGCCGAUAUCUUUAAGCCAGAUGAGAGGCAAAUACCCAAGAUUCCCGAUGGGGGAAACGAUUAUUGUGUGGAAGCCGAUGACUCCCGCCCACAUCUCGCUAAAGUGUUCUCCGAUCUGCGCGAUCUAUACUAUAGCAAAGACGCGAUGCGAGGCUCGAAACUCGAUGAUAAAUGUGAAGACAAACAGCACAAAAUGCACACACACAACAAAGAUUUAUCCCUUAAUCAAACAAAGAAAGCUAAAGUAACCAAUCAAAGCAGUGCCCACAAAGAGCUUAAUGAUCACUCCCAGAGCCAAAGUCGGUUAACAGGACACAAGACCUGUGCGAAUAAGCAACGCCUAGUCCCACGUCGCCACGGCUGGGCGUGGUCCUCAAGUCAAGAGGCACGCAACUAUGGCUGGAAGCCCGGCGCAGUUCUCAAGCCCAUUAAGAAGCUAAUGAAUUUCUUUUUGUAUUACUCGCCAGACCACAAUGCAUACGAGACGUGCAGCGAACAACUGGAAGUCGAAAAAGAAAUAGAACGUGAGUUGCCCAUUCUUCACGUGUGCAAGAAGCAAGGCGAAAUAUUUAUUACCCUGCGCGCGGUUAACAAUAAGCAUAUUGAGAUGAAGCCCAUUGUAUUUAAGGUAGUUAAAAGCGAUCUCGCUGUGGCUCUAAGCCAGAUCAAGAGAAAGUUAAAAGCGAAAGGUUUCCCCAAAUGCACCUGCCACAAGACGGUUAUGAUGUGCGUCUGUCGCGACAACAUUGAAAAGAAACAUCUUGAGGGUGCACUGCAAAAGGAGUGCAAGCGUCGCGGCAUAGAAAACUGCGUAGAUCAUCUGGUCCUGACAGACACCAGUGACAGCGAAAUGGACUAUGAUUUUAAUGUGACACCGCCGACGGGCAUGGCGAAGCCUCGGACGAUACCAAAGCCACUGACCGCCAACAAUGCCACCCAGUGCAGCAAAAAAAAUCGAAGCGUACUCCCAAGUUAUCCAUACAAACACAUCCCCUACUGGCGCGGCUAUGAUUGUGCUGCCGGUGAUCGUUACACGAGCACAGCCUUCGCCGCUCCAGGAGAGGAAGUGUUUGAGGAUGGUGUCUUUGGAUAUAGGGGUGGUGGUGCGCAUGGGGCACCAGCUACUCCGGGCGGUAAACCUAAAAAUAAGGAUAUUUGGGGGACCGGCUAUGGAGGGCCUAUGCGCGGUGGCGGGCGACCAGAUCCUGUUGGCAAAUUAGUAAGUCAAGUGCGCGGAAAAUCAUUUCCCGGUGCUAAAAAGGACCCUAGUGCCAAAGCAGUUGUCAGCAAGGCAAUUCCCGUAAGAAUGACUAAGCGAGCUCAAUUAAAUGCCGAAAAAAACUCAAAUCAAUCAAAUCAAUCUCAUCCCGGGAACAAUCGUGAACAGGCAGGGUCCGAUAAAAACAUGACGUAUUUAAAGAAACAUGGCCUAUUUACAGGGUCAAAGACUAAGGGAAAAUAUGCAUCUAAUGUUGGUCCCGACGGACUAACCGAUAUGCAACGUAGACGUCGCGCUCUGCUGCAAAUGCCCCCAGACCCCAUUGAGUUUGUGACGCGGCUAGGAAAGGGCUUUGAUCCGUAUACUGCCCAAUGCAAUAAUCAAUUCCAUGGGCAAUAUCACAAUCUAUCUACCCAACAAAGCUGUGCUUAUUAUUGCUAAGUCGGCUGUCAAAAAAAUGCUAUUUGUAUGAUCUCAUAAAUUUUUAGAAUAUAUGUUAAUGUCACAUAA